AUCAAAACAAAAUGGCGGCCAUGUGGACCCAAAUCUACACCAAAACACGUAUAUAUCUUGUUUUCUAAAAAAAAAUUGAAACAUAAUUCACGAUGUGAACAAAAAGGCUAGCUAAUACUGCUAGCCAUACUCACUUGUGGAUAUGUUUAAGGAAUGGUUAAAGGCCGAAGUUAUUUGGCGGGAAUUGUAUACGUGGAAGUGAGUAAAAUUGCUGAAUUUGGUUGCCGGCAGUUGUAAAAUGGAUGACAAAGAAAGUUUAACUGAGAGAAGAAACAACGAGCUUGAAGCUCUUCAGGCUAUUUAUAUGGAUGACUUUAAGGAUAUCAGAGAUAAGCCUGAAGACCAACCCAAGGUGGUGUUGAAGCUUACUCCGCUUCAGAGUAUGUGGGCAAAAGAAGUCCACUCCCGCGUGGAGCUAGUGAUUGAGUACACCCCUCGAUACCCUGACCAGUGUCCAAAGCUGUCAUUACAAAAGGCUGUUGGCCUCUCCAAGGAAAACCUAAAUGAUCUCCAGAGAGAGCUGGAAUGUCUAGCUGCUGAGCUUGUGGGAGAGGUGAUGGCACACCAUCUUGCCCAUCAUGUUCAGGGGUUCCUACACGCCCAUAACAAGCCACGCCUUUCAUUUUAUGAUGAAAUGAUGACUAAUAAGAAAAACGAAGAGGCACGACUUCAAGCAGAACUUGAGAACAAGAAGCAAAAGUUGAUGGAAGCUAACAAGUUAAAGACAGAAGAGGAGAAAAGACAAAUAGAAGAGGAACUCACUAGACGAGAGGAAGCCCUCAAGGAAAGCAGAAAACGAAGAAGCAUUUUGCAGGAGAAAGCUGAUAAAGAGGAUGCUAUUGCUCAGAGCAUAAAGGCGAGAGACAGUGAAACCUCACCUGCUUUGGAAAUACCUCGUCGAUCAGCUGGCUCAGUCAGCCUUGUCCAGCAGCCACCACAGAUGUCCCCUAAGAGGGUUGAUGCCUCUAGACGAAGACGGCACAGCUCUGAGAGUACAGCUGAGGUUUACCAUGGCAUCAGAUCUGUUGUGUUUACAAAGUGCACACAAGGAGAACAUAUUGUACAUUGUGGAAAGUGUAUAGGUCAAGGAUCCAGUGGCUGCCUGGUAUUCACUGGCAUGGAUACCACAAGUGGCGACCUGGUGGUCAUGCGCGAGUGGAAGUUUGCUGGCUCAAGUGGGACUACCGCUAGAAAAACACUCCAGUGGGCCGACAGUGUGGAUCAAGCGGCCAUAACCAAGGUCAUGAAUCAGAUGUCAAGUGUUGAGCAAGAGAUUCAAUCACUGGCGGCAAAACUAAGCCAUCCCAGUAUAGCGCACUACCUUGCAUGCCAGGUCAACAAUCAACAAUCUGGGGUUAUUUUACAGGUUGUAAUGGAGUAUGUUGGAGGAGGGGAUCUAAGGAUGCAGCUACGCAAUGGUGGACUCCCCAUAGAUAGAAUCCGCGAGUACACAUGCCAGCUGCUAGAAGCCCUGUGGUACCUGCAUGGCAAGUCAGUGGUCCAUAAAUGUUUAAAGCUGUCAAGCUGCCGCUUGGAUUCCUGUGGUAACAUCAGACUUGCUGACUACAGCGUUAUCUCAAGGUUGAGAGAUUUAUAUAAUGAGUAUGGAGCAGACAAACUCCUCCUCUCUCAGACUCAGACAAAAUGCACGCCUCGCUAUGGCAAGAAAGCAGAUAUUUUUGACUUGGGUCUUGUGGUCCUGUCAUUGGCAAGAGGCGAAGAGGUGAAUCCAGCUGAUGCAGUCAUACCAGAAGGAAUACACGAAGACCUUAAGGACUUUCUGGAAAGGUGUUUCUGUGCAGACGAAAAGGAGCGGUUAUCGGCUUACCAGCUUCUUCAGCACCCGUUCAUCUACCCCCUCUCCUGUCCUGAACACCCAAAUGGAAACUCGGACAGCAUCUGCGUGUCCGGACAAGGUGGCCAGUCAAGUAAUGAGCCGGACAGUAUGUUCCCGACAGCUCCGAUACCCGAGUUCACGUUUUUCUCCGGUGUUCCUGGCAAGUCCAGGAUCAAGAGCGAGUUUGAGCAAUUGGAAUUCUUAGGCAAGGGAGGCUUCGGGAACGUUAUCAAGGUUCGCAAUAAGUUGGAUGGUGGUCUGUACGCGAUCAAGCGCAUCCCGUGGAACCCCAAGAGCACUGCCUUGAACCGCAAGAUCACACGGGAGGUGCAGCUUAUCUCCCGGCUCAACCAUGAGAACGUAGUCAGGUACUACAAUUCCUGGAUCGAGAUGGCCGAUGAGGAGGACGUCUCGUCCAACAGUGACGAGAGUGCGACUGGCCCCAGUAACAGCGCACCCAGAGUGGUUGUGAGACCGGGAACAGAGGAGAGCUUGCUGGAGAUGAAUCGUUUUGAAGCGCCGAGUAUCGCACCUGAGAGAGAGGGAGAGGACUCUUGGUGCAGCGAUGGCGAGAAGCAGGACGUGUCCGAGUCCGACGAGUCACAAGACGAAGAGGUCAUCCCCCUGCCAAAGUAUAAAGGUUCCCCCAAAGGAUCGUUUUUCAGUAGUAAAUCCGGGGGGUCUUCCGAAGGCAUCGUCUUUGCAUCAAGUACGUUUGAUGAGUCCAUGCUACAGUUCGGAGACCUUCUCGACACUGAGUCUGAGGAGUCUGAGGACGUGCCUGAAUGUGGGGCUAGCGAGUCCAGCACCGAAUCCAACGCCCUCCAGUACCUCUACAUCCAGAUGGAGUACUGCGAGAAGAGUACCCUACGAGACGUCAUUGACAUGGGGCUACAUACAAACACAGAUCGCGUGUGGAGGCUUUUGCGAGAGAUAGUCGAGGGCCUGGCACACAUUCACUCUCAGGGAAUCAUCCAUCGCGACCUCAAACCUGUCAACAUCUUUCUUGACGCCGGCGGACACAUCAAACUCGGCGACUUUGGCCUUGCCACCACGCACGACAAAACACGUGGCGGUCUCACCGCAGAGAUCCACACACCGUCUGAAGCCCAAGGAUCACCGCUUAAGGAGGGCUCCACCACCGCGGAGGGGAUGACAGGGAAAGUGGGCACUACUUUGUACGUAGCUCCCGAGCUCGCAAAGGGUACCGGUCGGCUUAAGUACAGUGAGAAAGUCGACGUCUACAGCUUAGGGAUUAUCUUCUUUGAGAUGACUUAUCGUCCUUUAGCUACGGGCAUGGAGCGAGUCAAAACCAUUGGGAACUUGAGGACGGAGAAGAUCAUCUUCCCGGAUGAUUUCGAUAAGAAGGCGCUGUCUAAACAGACCAUGAUCAUCACAUGGCUACUGACGCACGAUCCGGCCGAGCGACCGACCUCGCAAGAGCUGCUCGAAAGUCACUUCAUCCCUCCAAAGAUCGAGGACCACCAGCUAGACGAAGUGCUCAAGCAUACGUUAGCCUCGUCAAACUCCACGCGAUACAGACGGCUGAUGACUGCCAUGUUCUCGCAAAGUGUGGACCCAGUCUUCGACGUUACUUACGAUAUAGAGAUCUGUAAAUCGCCUGUGGACGCGCGCACCAUCCUCACACAACAGCUAGUUCAUGACACGCUGAAAGCGGUGUUCACGCGGCACGGAGCUCUACGCAUGAGAACGCCUCUUCUCACACCGCGCACGAAGGCUCUUGAUCCGCACGAGUCUGCCGUGGCUGUGGUGGAUCACAGCGGAGGGAUUCUCGCACUACCAUACGAUCUCAGGAUCCCAUUUGCGAGAUUCAUCGCGCGCUCACGUAUAACCCACUUAAAGCGCUUUGACAUUGGUUGUGUGUACAGGGAUAAGCGUAUUCUCGGGGCGCACCCGAAGGAACUCUACGAGUGUGCGUUUGAUAUUAUUUCACCGACUCCUGAAGGGAACGUCCCAGAUGCGGAGGUGAUCUCUGCCGUUGCGGAGAUCAUUCGAGAAUUCCCGUGCCUUGACCGCCGCAGUUAUUACAUUCGAAUAAACCACGCGGGUCUCCUCAGAGCGGUCCUGUCUUCCUAUGGCGUCCCCGAGGAGCGUCACCCCGAACUCUUCGCCGUCCUGCAGGAACCUCAGAGUGAGCGAUUAAGAAACGAACAGAUCAACCGCCUCUUAGAAGGACUACAAAUAACCGAUCAUAAUAUAUCUGCACUCUACGGUUUCCUGUACUUCGAGGGCCCUGUACAAAAAGUUCGAGAACAUAUCAUCGGGGUUCUAAAACGGCCAAGUACGUCCAGCGCGGCAGCACGUCAGACUUUACAAGAACUCCAGGCUGUGGCUAACCACAUGGAAACGUUUGGGGUCAAGUUACCCAUCGUGGUGCACACAAGUUUGGUCUACUGCAUCCAGCACUUCUCUGGGGUGAUCUUCCAGGUAGUGGCGGCGGACAAGCGGAAGUCGAAGCGCGGCGGUGUAGACAUACUCGCCGCUGGGGGGCGAUACGAUAAGCUGAUUGCCACCUUCCACCACGGGAACGAGCCCGUUCAGCUCCCGGGCGGCGUCGGGGCCAGCAUCGCGGUGGAGAAGAUCGUGACUCAAGUCUCCGCAGAUGAUGAGAUGGUGCUGCCAAGCGCUUGCGAUGUACUCAUCUGGGGUCACGUAAUGCAGGAGCGCAUGCGCGUUGUACGUGAGCUCUGGAAUGCCGGGAUAGCUGCCACGCUGUUAUAUGAUUCCCGAGGGCUUCACGCGCUCGAAGAUGUGCAAGAGUACUGUCGAGACACAGGUAUCCCACACCUCGUUUUUUUAAAGGAACAAGAUCCUGGUGUUGCAAAGGUGGUGUCCAUAGAGAAAGACAAACUGACAAAGACUUCAGUCAGCACUUCAGAGCUUGUAGACCACCUCCAAACAAAGAUCAGCAGCCGCGUUGACUCGGGUGAUGGUACUCUGGUCACUAGCUCAGGACGGUCCAGCACUGUCCCUAGCACUUCUACUGAAUCCAACACAAUACCCAACAUCCAUGUGUCCUUCAAGACCCAAGAAAGGUUGCAAUGGAACGUGAAGAAGCGCUAUGAGAGCCAGAUCCUGGCAAGAUUAAGGCCCACUCUACAACAAAUGAAGCAACACAUUGGCUCCAAGAUUGGGGUCAAAGUCAUUGGGGUCGAUCUUCCCGGAAGUGUACUAAUGAGUAUGUCGUCGUUGCUUGAGUUGGAAGAGACCGAGUUUGGCAAAAGCGUCUCAGCGGUGAUCGAGAAGCACCCGCGAUAUUCCAAACCAGUCAGGCGCGUCUGCGACGACAUCUGGGAGAUGAAAACUGCUAACAAACUCCCUUUCCUUUUCGUGUACAGUGUGAAGGACGAGGUUUAUAGAAUAUUUUUCUAAACGAAAGAUCAAUAAUAGUGCCUGCUUCAAUGUUCGGGCCCGUCAAUCAAGGCGUACAGUCUGAGCCAGCCAUAGGUUCUUAUCUGUUACAUUCAAUAAUGAAAUGCAAUAUGUAACGCGUACCCAGGAUUAACGGGGGGGGGGGGGGGGGGGGGUGAAACGCAGUCGUAGGUAUAUGGAAAAAAGCAUAGUAUUUGAACACUCCUUAAUAAGAAAUAACCCACUUUUUGGCCACCAAAGGUGCGCGCGCAUCCUGUACACCCACCUAUAUACACGUCCGAAGCGUACUAGGAGCGUACAGCUCUGAUAUAGGUACUAUAAUAAGUGAGCCCAUCACCAGGAGCGUACAACUCUGAUAUAGGUACUAUAAUAAGUGAGUCCAUCACCAGGAGCGUACAACUCUGAUAUAGGUACUAUUAAUAAGUGAGCCCAUCACCAGGAGCGUACAACUCUGAUAUAGGUACUAUAAUAAGUGAGCCCAUCACCAGGAGCGUUCAACUCUGAUAUAGGUACUAUAAUAAGUGAGCCCAUCACUAGGAGCGUACAACUCUGAUAUAGGUACUAUAAGUGAGUCCAUCACUAGGAUCAUACAACUCUGAUACAGGUACUAUAAGUGAGUCCAUCACUAGGAGCAAACGACUUUGGUAGUGAGCCGAUAACUAACUAGAGGCGUUCAACUGUGAUAUAAGUAAUAUGAGUGAACCCAUCACUAGGAGUGUACAACUGUGAUAUAUUGAUACUAUAAGUGUACCCAUCACUAGGAGUGUACAACUGUGAUAUAUAGAUACUAUGAUUGAGCCAAUCACACUAAGGGCGUACAACUGUGAUAUAAGUAAUAUGAGUGAACCCAUCACUAGGAGUGUACAACUAUGAUAUAUUGAUACUAUAAGUGAGCCGAUCACUAAGGGCGUCCAACUGUGAUAUAAGUAAUAUGAGUAAACCCAUCACUAGGGAUGUACAACUGUGGUCUAGGUGCCAUGCGUGAGCUUAUUCACAGGUUAGCGAGUUUUUGAAAAGACGGUGAGCCAAUCAAAUAAAUCGGGUCUUGUAAAUAAACAAAAAAAGGACCCGUCA